AUGGCCGAAGGGGAAAUCACCACCUUCACUGCCCUGACCGAAAAGUUCAACCUGCCCCUGGGCAACUACAAGAAACCCAAACUCCUCUACUGCAGCAACGGCGGCCACUUCCUACGGAUCCUCCCAGAUGGCAAAGUGGAUGGGACCAGGGACCGAAGCGACCAGCACAUUCAACUGCAGCUGAGCGCAGAGAGCGUGGGCGAGGUGUACAUCCGGAGCACGCAGUCGGGGCAGUACCUGGCGAUGGACACCAACGGGCUCCUCUAUGGCUCGCAGUUGCUGGGCGAGGAGUGCCUGUUCCUCGAACGGCUGGAAGAGAACCAUUACAACACCUACGUCUCCAAAAUGCACGCGGAUAAGAACUGGUUUGUCGGGCUGAAGAAGAACGGGAGCAGCAAGCUGGGGCCGCGGACUCACUACGGGCAGAAGGCGAUCCUCUUCCUCCCGCUGCCCGUCUCACCCGACUAA